UGGCAGAACCUGGCUAGUUCAAUAAAUAAUUUGAAAUUACAUGAAAUUUUUAUUGAGCAUGGAACUAUACUGUCAUGUAAAGUGGCCGUAUCUGAAGCGGGAGACAGUAAGGGAUACGGUUUUGUACAAUAUGCUGAAGAAGAAUCUGCAAAGAAUGCCAUUGAAAAGCUUAAUGGCAUUACAAUUGAAGGGAAAGAACUUUAUGUUGCUCACUUGGUCAGAAGAAAUGAUCGAGAUACAUCGUUCACUAAUUUAUAUGUAAAAAAUUUGGAAGAUGACAUAAGUGAGGAAGUUCUAGCAGAGAAAUUUUCCGAAUUCGGAAAGAUAACCAGCCUUGUUAUCACAAAAGAUGUAAAUGGGGUGUCGAGAGGUUUCGGAUUUGUUAAUUUUGAAAUUGCAGAAGAUGCCAUGAGAGCAAAAGAGUGUAUGCAUGGAAAACAAAUUGGCUCGAAGGUUUUAUAUGUUGCAAGGGCACAAAAGAAGGUUGAACGUAGACAAAUCUUACGCCUUCAAUUUAAAGAGCGUUCCCGAAAGGUCAUAACCGAUGAAGAGAGUGUGGAACUGUACCUUCCAGGAGAUGUAGUUGUUGUUUGUAAGUUUGAGAGGAACUUGAGUUGCAACGUUGAUGCUAAUAAAGGAAUCAGCAGAGGCUUUGGAUUCAUAUCUUUCUCGAACCCUGAAGAAGCCAUCAUAUUCAAAGCCAUUAACACACUUAAUGGAUCUAUAUUCCAUGGAAAGACAUCGUAUGUGGCAAAGGCUCAAAGUAAAGAGGAAAGAAAAACAUAUUUGCAACAAAGGAAUACUCACUUAGCCAAGCUGAUCACAAAUGAAUCGCGCUUAUCGGAAGAUAUAAGUAGUUUGCUUGGUGCAGCUUCACCCAAUAAAAGAAAGGAUAUCCUAGGGGAAAGACUCUUACCACUUGUGAAGAAAAUCAAGGAUUCUUCGAAGAUAAUAGGAAUGCUUCUAGAGAUUGAUAAUUUCAAGCUUGUUGUUCUGUUAGAGUCUCUGGAAUUAUUAGCUUCAAAAGUGGAAGAAGCUGCUCGAGUCUUAGAACAUAAUUUUUAG